UAAAUGUUUUGUAGCAAUAACAAAGAAGAAGCCGAAAAACAAAUAAAACCCAAAAAAGGCAAGAAACCAACAAUCCAAAGAUUAGUUCAAAACAUAAUAAACAUCGAUUCUUGUAACCUCUCAUACAUGCCCAUUCACCCCCUUUACUACCAAGAAGGCCAAGCUCAGCCGACCGAGGCUAAAUAUCUGACUGCUCAGCAGAGACCAGCCAGACCUUAACGAAAGUCCUGAAGAAGGAUUAUCAGACCUUUUAGGCAACAUGAGAGGCCACAGAGGGAGAUUUAAGAAGCAAAUUGAAGGUUCAGAAGAAGAAAUUGGGUAUACGAAUGGAAAUGAAAAUGAGAAAGGAGGUAGAGAAAAUAAGACCCUUAAGUUUAAUUAUUCAAAUAAUGAUAAGGAAAGCUCGUUUGAUAAGGAAGUCAUUACAAAUACUAUAAAGAAAUAAAACUGUGAUAACUAAAAAGAGAAAUACAGCAAAAAUCCCACUAAAUAUCUCUCUGAAGAAGAAUCUUGAGAUGAACAGUAGAAGUCGAGAAAGCUCACUGAAGAGGGAGAAUCAUAAAAAGAACAAAAAUACAAGCACUGAGAAAACUUUGAAGAAGGAUAAAAUUAUUUUUCAAAAUAAAGCUUUGCACAAUAGUAGCUCUAAAAGCAACAGUUUGGACAAAAGUAAGUCCACUGAGCCUCCACUGAUGAUUCGAAACAAUAACCCUAAGAAGAAAAUCCCAAUUCUUUGCCAAAAUUUUGGCCGGGAAGUGCUUAACCUAGAAGGCACCUUCUCAAAGCUCUCCAGGAAAUCCUCUGAAUCAAAGCACUUAACUAAUCAAGGAGAGAGCGGAACUGGCAUUGGAGAGAUGGACUCAAAUAUGAGCGGGAUUGCCUCUUGUACCAGCAAAACCCAGGAGGACGAUAAAGAAGUCUCCCUCUCAAAAUCUAAUAAAACUACUAUCAACAGUAAUUAUGAAAUCGUAAAAAGAGAAAAAUCAAACCUGAAGUAUCCCAAAAAUAAAAAGAUAAUCAAGAAUAAUGGGAAAUUUGUGCUUUCCAAGAAAGCUUUCAAUUUAGGAUUCAACUCUGACCAGAAGAAGAACUCUAACUUUGACAGAUCCUCGCACAUUGAUCUUUCUAAUAAGAAGGGCAAAUAUCUGGAUAACAGAGCAUUGGAGAACAACUACUGUACAGAUUAUGCAAAGAAGGAUACGAAAAUGACAUUUAAAUUUGGUAGCCACCAAAAUUCCAUAGAUGGGUCUAUUGGGUAUGAUAAAUCUCAGGAGAAGAGUACUAAAUCGAACUUUAAUGCCUCUACUAACAUUUCCAAGAAGCUGAACCUCAAUGAGCUGAUGAUAAACAUUGACUCACAGGAUUGAAAGCUACAUUUACUUUAUGUAAACUCAUCUAGGAAGUCGAACAACGAAGAGCAUACUGGGUCUUUAGGGAUAAACUACGAGAACGAGAUUGAGAAGGAAGUUACUCAUCCCGCUAAAGGGUUUAUCCAUAACAAGUCUAGCAACCUUGCCUUUGGGUCUAAUGAUAAGGUCGAGCUUAUAAAUCCAGAAAAGCCUUGAAAUAAAUCUCAAGAAAAUAAAAAGAAAGGAAAAUCUAAGAAUAAGGUUAAAAAGAAUACUAAAGAACAGCAUAAAGAGCAAUCUCUAAGUGAUAAUGACCAGAGUAAUGAAUUUGAUGAUGAACGAGGUGACUAUAAAGCCAAGAUAGGGGAGAUGAUCGGCUACAGGUUCGAGAUCCGGGAGAGACUAGGUAAGGGUAGCUUCGGUCAAGCCUUCAAAUGAUGGGAUCAUAAAGAGAAAGAAUUUAUUGCGCUCAAGAUUAUCCGUAACAAGAAAAACCUUCAAUACCAAGCAAAUGUAGAAGUCAAAGUCCUUGCUCAUCUUAAAGAGAAUGACCCAGAUGAUACACAUAAUAUUAUCCGGAUGAAAGAGGCUUUAGUGUUCAAGAACCACAUCUGUGUUGUUUUUGAGUUGCUUAGCAUAAAUCUAUAUGAGUUUAUAAAACUCGCAGACUUCGAUCCUAUCUCAACCAGUCUCAUAAGACGUUUUGCAUUACAAAUUUUGUACGCACUUGAUUUUCUCAAAAAGGAGAAAAUUAUCCACUGAGAUCUGAAACCGGAAAAUAUUUUGCUUAAAAGCAAGAAGUCUUCUGGGAUAAAAGUUAUUGAUCUUGGAAGUGCAUGUUUCAUUGACUCUAAAAUAUAUACUUACAUACAGAGUAGGUUCUACAGAGCUCCUGAGAUAAUCCUGGGAGUCCCAUAUUCUUACCCAAUAGACAUGUGGAGCUUAGGGUGAAUCUUAGCUGAGCUCAACUGCGGCUAUCCAUUAUUUCCUGGUGAAGAUGAACAAGAUCAACUAGCACACAUCAUGGAGGUCUUAGAUGUUCCUCCGGUAGAACUUCUGUCAAAAGGAGCACGGACUCAUCUAUUCUUUGAAGAAAAUGGAACUCCGAUUAUAAAGCCUAACUCUGAAGGGAAGAGGAAAUACCCAAACACAAAAACUCUUCAAGAAGUGCUAGAAAAUAAUGAUCCAUUAUUCAUUAAUUUUGUUAAGAAAUGACUACAUUGGGAUCCAGAAAAGCGGAUGACUCCUGAGCAAGCUAUGCGGGAUGAAUGGGUCCUUGACGCACUUCCUCCUCAAAUCCUUAUUAAUCAUCAAAGGUUGCAUAACAUUCACAACAGUUCUUUACCUCCGAAUGUUAGGAGGAAGCUGGAAAGAUUUUGGACUAGGAAGACUAAGGAGGAGAAGAAGUAUUGAACAAAAAGUUUAUCCAUCAAGUCAACUUCCACUGAUAAGGAGCAUUCUCUUUCUAAAUAAAUCUAACUCAAAUAGCUCACAGUCACGGAAGAGAAAACCUAGACGUUUUGAAGUGAUUGGGUUCAGCCCUAAAUCAAAUUGAGAGAUUUCUAGAAGUAAUGAGAAGAGAAAGCUUAAAAUUGAGCAUAAAGGGUCUAAAGAUCCCAGAAAAAGUGUCAGUAAAGGCAAGAAGAAGCUCAAGAUCAGCAAGAAAAGAAAGCACCGCUUUAAUAGGAGGAUUGGGAUCAGGAAGUUGAUUAAUGAAGGAUCACAUACAAACCAGACUGCCACUAUGGAAGAGUCUUCCGAAGAAGGCUCUCGAGUUAGAGAGAAAUCUCUCCCUAACCAGAAAGCUCCUAAUGCUUUGGGAGGUUUUCCGAAUCAAGUACACUUGUUUGCGAAGCACCAUAGAUUCUAAACUUUGAAUAAUAAUAUUUCAAUUAUA